AUGGGCAACAGGGCUCAGUUGUUUAUAGCUUGGACGGCAUGCCUGUGUGGAGCUUUUGCAUCCACAGAGUUGGCCCCAAAGCCAGACAAGCUGCACAGAGACUUUCACAAUGUGUUCGUGUUCGGAAUUCUCACCCUGGUCGCGGCCUGGGUUGCGAAGGUUGUGUACCAACUUGCUCGAGCAGUCGAGCUGAAUGUCCGACUGUCAAGAGCACGGUCCUUGCAGUUGGAAGCGAUGAGCAUUUACGUAAAUGAUUUCCAGAUGCUGAUCCGUCAGCAUUUCAACCAAAUCCUCCGCUUACGAAGGACUGUGCCACCGAAGCCAGUGACCAGACAUGAGCUCACGACCCACGUGCACCCCGAGUCAAUCAGUUGCUUGUGGGUAGGUGAAGAGGACUCGGGGGGCGGACCAAUGGGCUUUGGCGUUGAAUUCGACAUCGAUGCUUCGGCACCUUGUUGUGUAAGGUUGUACUGGGGCUUAAGUGCACAAGCUUGCAGUGAGUUUGUGCAGCGUAGCCAAGCACCUGAGCACUCUAGCAGGCGGCAUGCCAGCACAAGCAGUGCACUGCGAAGCCUACGAGGGCGAUGGACAGGUCGAACUGCAUGUGCCAAUCCAGAGACAACAAGGUCACUCCUUGAGAUGGAGGAACUCGGAAGUGCAGCUGCGUCCGGAGCAGCGGAGACUUCUGCAAGCACUUGGACUGCUAGCCAGCCUUCCGCAAGUGAUGCAAACGAAGAACCUCCUUUCACUUCAAGCAGUUUCUUUGCACAGUCGCGAGAUUUCUUUUUGCCUGCCGGUUGUGGACAGCGCUACGUUACACCAGCUGGAGAUUUGAUUCAUCCUGGUGUGUUAAAGUUUGACAUGGGUGCAUCCUGGCUUCGGCCCGGGCAGUCGGGAAAUGCAGCAGAGCUUCCAGCAAUCAUUCCACUUGCUAUUGUCGUUCUUUCAUCGGGUCGGUCUGGGUCUGGCAACGCAGCGCAUGCAAUGCAAGGCCGUUCCGUGCUCGAGACCAGAGGCCAGAUAUCCUUGGUCAAGUUUCAAUCAAGAACACACAACGAGGGCAAUUCGCCUUACCACACAGCUGAAAUCUUUCGACAGUUCUGCUUUGGCGAUUCAAACAUUGUCUUCGAUGUUCAGGGCAUUUUUGGCUUCGAAGAUGCGGGCGAAAGCGAUUGUAUGAUUUGCUAUGCGCGUCCCAAGAAUGUGGUUCUGCUACCCUGCCGUGUGAGCGAGCCCUGGGUGGAGCAGUUUACCCUGGAAGGCUUUUGGCCUUUCUUACUUGCCGGUGGCAGCUUGCUUUGGCAGACUCUUUGCUUGCUGACCGGCUUGGCGGUCAGCGCUGCGCUGAUCUAUGUGUACGCCAACGAUGCCGUCCCACGACCUUUCUUCGGGCUGAAAAUGCCGUCUGCUCCUGGGAUCCAGGAAGCACAUCUCUAUUGGGGUGCUUUCGCGGUGGCAGCAAGUUUAACAGCGGUAAUGCUGCUCAGUUGUGCAGUGAACUUCUCGUCUGGAUUUGGUGGCAGUGCAUUUUCUUGGGCUUCUGCUGAAGUCAUGACGCUCUCUCAGGACAUAGCAACAUGUGUGCAAGACGUGCAAGGCGUGGUGGGAGCAGCGGGUACGGUCAAGAAAGACCUGGACGGGCUCUUUGAGAUCUGCCCCCCUGCGAUCGAGAAGAUGCUCGGAUCCUCCGUCUCGCAAGCGAAGGGGCACAUCGCUGCUGCCAAGACGGAAGCCGGCCUCACGGUCAAAGCUUUGCAGGACCUGCCAGGGCUGCUGCAGAAUGCGGCCUUCGAAAUCAGUGAGAUGUCUGGAUGGCUCCCUUUGUUAGCAGGGCUGAGCCUCAUUGCGGUGCUGGUCUGUGGCUUGGCGGUGGGCAUCUACUUCCUGGCCUCGAAAAAUGCCACGGUCAACAACCACCUCAUGAAGAAGCUUUCGCCCAGAGUGUUGACUCUUGUUUUACCUGUGUGUGCCUCGGUGGCUAUCCUGCUGCUGUGCGUCGCGGCCACUGUCGAACUGUCGACUGCCGGCAGCAUCGUCGGAUUUUGCAGGGCGGAAGGUGGCCCAGACCAGCAGGUUCUCGAACUGACGGCACAGACGGCUGGGCAGACCUCUAGCAGUUACGGGUUCGCGGAGUACUAUCUCACAGGUGAGGUGAAGAACCCCGUGACUCAGCACCUCCAGUCGGCUCAGAAAUCAGUCGCCAACAGCCUCAGCUGGCUGGAUGAGUACCGGAACGCACUCGCGCAGACAUGCCCCAAGUGGGAAGCUGAACGAGUGUACGGUGAUCUUACCAAACUGGAACUGAGCCUAAAUGUCAGCGAAUCAGUCCUCAAGCCCUCCAACCUAUACCAGCACUACAAAGAUGCGGUGCACGUAGCGGCUUGCAGCGGUGGAUCCUCCGGUCUUGCUACGUUGGCGACGGUCCAGAUGUUUUUAGGCGCAGUUUGCCUGCCCUUCCUGAUCGUGACUGCCUCCUGGGUGUUGGACUUCUUGUCCGGGGGCGGUGCUUCGUACCAGAAGCUGGGUGCAGAGGACGGACAGAGCAGUGACGAUGAUGCUUCAGCUAGAAAGAAGGAUGAUUUGAAUGCCCUUUACUACGUUGUUUAUGCCUUUUCAGUGGUCAUAUUUGCAGUGGGAACAUGGAUGUAUUUGGUGCCGCAGCCUGGAGUUGUGAGACCCAUCACUGGCACGCUGCUAUUUGGCUGUGGCGUUUUUCUGAUGAUGAACUCGGAUUUGAUCGUCACCUACUUCCUCCUGCAUGAGCAGGUGGAAGAGCUCAAGAAAAACAAUGAAGGUUACCAGCAGAAUCUGGACAACGAGGCUCAGCAGGUCAGAGACUUGCGGAGAGCCCAGAAAGGUUUCGACGAGAUAGACCGCAGGUUUGGACACGACGUCGACCGUGCCAUGAAAGAAAUAAAGGUGAUGCAAACGACAGCCCGGUCCCAAGUAGGAAUGACAAUAGGGAAGAUGGUCAAGCUCUAUCUGGAUGCAGACGGAGACAAAAGAAUAUCUGACGCUGAACUGAACGAG